AAUGAAGAUAUUCCAGCAUCAGCAUCAGCAUUCAUCUCAACAAUCAGCCUUUCUCUUCAAACUUUUCAGUUCGAUAUCAAUUCAUUCUUUCGACCAGGUGUCGCUCGCUUCGUACACUUCACGCACAUACUUCACCAAGUAAAUUUCAAAACUUACCAACCACUCUCUUCAAAAUGGUUCGCAUCGCCGCCGCCGCUUUCCUUGCUUUCGCCUUCACGGCCUUUGCUCAAGUCACCCCCAACAACGCCGGUGCCAAGAACGUUGGCCAGGGCAACGGACAGCAAUUCAUCACCGGAGGUUGCACUGCGGAUGCUGACUGCCAGUCGGCUUGCUGCGCUGAGGUCCAGUCAUCUGGUCUCGGAGUCUGCUCUGCUGAGGCUGCCUCUAACCAGAACGGAAAGCUUGGCUGUGGCUUCGUUGACCCCAACGCCGCCUCGACCAUCGCCAACGCCCAGGCUCAGGUCAAGAAGCAGGGAUUCUAAGCUUCUCCGCAAAAUGAUUGAUGGGAUUCGUUGUUGAUAGCUCGACUCCCUGUGGUGG